AUGGCGGGGAUGGCGGAGGCGCUGGCGAAGGAGCGGGCGGCGGCGGCGGGCGCGGGGCGGCACGGCCGCGCUGUGCCCUACCUGGGGCAGCGCUUCGGGCCCCUGCGCCAGGAGUGCCUGCAGGAGGGGCGGCUCUUCCAGGACCCCUCCUUCCCCGCCGGCCCCACCGCCCUCGGCUACCGGGAGCUGGGGCCCCGCUCGCACAAGACACAGGGCGUCGUCUGGCGCAGACCCACGGAGCUGUUUCCCAACCCCCAGUUCAUAGCUGGCGGAGCCACUCGCACGGACAUCUGCCAAGGGGCCCUAGGGGACUGUUGGCUCUUGGCAGCCAUUGCAUCUCUCACCCUGAAUGAAGAAAUUCUGGCCCGUGUUGUUCCCAAAGACCAGAGCUUCCAGGAUAAAUAUGCAGGAAUUUUCCACUUCCAGUUCUGGCAGUAUGGGGAAUGGGUGGAUGUGGUGGUGGACGACAGGCUGCCCACCAAGAACGGGGAGCUGCUCUUUGUGCACUCGGCGGAGGGCAGCGAGUUCUGGAGCGCGCUGCUGGAGAAGGCCUAUGCCAAGCUGAAUGGCUCAUACGAGUCCCUCUCUGGUGGCACCACCACCGAAGGCUUCGAGGACUUCACCGGUGGCAUUGCAGAAUGGUAUGAGCUGCAGAAGCCACCCCCCAACCUCUUCAAGAUCAUUCAGAAGGCGCUCCAGAAAGGCUCUCUCCUUGGCUGCUCCAUUGAUAUCACCAGUGCUGCAGAAACAGAAGCAGUCACUUCCCAGAAGCUGGUGAAGGGACACGCGUACUCGGUCACCGGGGCAGAGGAGGUAAACUUCAGAGGAACAGUGCAGAAGCUGAUCAGAAUCCGAAAUCCCUGGGGAGAAGUGGAGUGGACUGGGAAAUGGAAUGACAACUGCCCAAACUGGAGUGGUGUUGACCCUGAGGUGCGGGAGCGACUGACCAGGAGACACGAAGAUGGGGAAUUUUGGAUGGCGUUCAAUGACUUCCUGAGGCAUUACUCCCGCCUGGAGAUCUGCAACCUGACUCCAGACACCCUGGCAAGUGACAGGUACAAAAAGUGGAGCCUGCAGAAGCUGGAUGGCAACUGGAGGCGAGGAGCCACUGCAGGGGGCUGCAGGAACUACCCAGACACAUUCUGGACAAAUCCUCAGUAUUUAAUCAAGCUGGAGGAGGAAGAUGAGGACCCUGAUGAUCCUGAGGGGGGCUGCACUUUCCUCGUUGGGCUGAUCCAGAAGCACCGUCGGAAGCAGAGGAAGAUGGGGGAGGACAUGCACACCAUUGGCUUUGCCAUUUAUGAGGUGCCCCCAGAGUUUUCUGGCCAGACAAAUAUUCAUCUAAGCAAAAAUUUCUUCCUGACCAACAAAGCCCGGGAAAAAUCCAACACCUUCAUCAACCUCCGGGAGGUGCUGAACCGGUUCAAGCUCCCUGCAGGAGAAUACAUCAUCGUGCCCUCCACCUUUGAACCCAACAAGAAUGGGGACUUCUGCCUCAGAGUCUUCUCUGAAAAAAAUGCCAACUCCACGGUGAUAGAUGAUGAAAUUGAAGGCAAUUUUGAUGAGACUGAGACCAGUGAAGAUGACAUUGAACCCAGCUUUAAAAAGCUUUUUGGGCAGCUAGCAGGAAAUGACGCAGAGAUCUCCGCCUUCGAGCUGCGCAGCAUCCUGAAUAAAAUCCUGGCUAAACGCCAAGAUAUUAAAUCUGAUGGCUUUAGUAUUGAGACAUGCAAAAUAAUGGUUGACCUGUUAGAUAAUGAUGGGAGUGGCAAACUGGGACUGAAGGAGUUCCACACUCUCUGGACAAAGAUUCAGAAAUACCAGAAAAUUUACAGAGAAAUUGAUGUGGAUCGAUCAGGUACCAUGAACUCGUAUGAGAUGAGGAGAGCGCUGGAAACAGCAGGGUUCAAACUGAACUGCCAGUUACAUCAGGUCAUUGUGGCUCGUUUUGCUGAUGAGGAUCUUGUCAUUGACUUUGACAACUUUGUGCGCUGUUUGAUUCGGCUCGAAACCUUGUUCAAAAUGUUUAGAAAACUGGAUACGGAAAAAAGUGGGACAAUAGAAUUGAACCUUGUUAAUAGCAAAAUUUCCACUCUCAUCCUCCUCCGUAGUGGCAACCCACGCUUCUGGGCUAUUCAGGAUGUGUCUCCAUUUGAUGAUGACUGUGUAAAGGGCAGUGGCAAAGGGUGCAGCUUUGUUGUCAUGGAAGAGCUGGUAGGUUACACCAAGCUGACUGUAAUUAGCAUCAGCUCUUCCCUUGUCAAGUACUGA